UGUCCUGCCUGACUUGUUGAAUUCGGAGUUUGUUUUGUUUCCAGUUCAGUUGGGCUUCAAGCUCCACCGUAGUUAGAGGUUUUGUUAGUAUUAUACUAAAAUACUCGUAUUUCGAGAUCGUUUAUAACGAAACCAAGUGAAUUUUUCAAUGACAAUAAUUAUAAAACAACUUUGUAAGUGAUUGUAUGUUAUUCUUCCGGUGCAGUGUGUUGAUUCCGCGAAAUUAGUAGUUUAUUUUGUUUAUAUUUUGCUGUGUUCGCGAUAUUCUUGUUGUGUACUGUUGUGAAUGGAUACGAUCGUGCACUAAUGGAAGGAUGUUAUUGUAGUGGACCUAACUUCUAGGAACAUUUCAGUACUUUCAUGGGAUUAAACAACUGGUAUGUUGGCGGUAUUGGUGUGAUGGUGCGGGUGCUCACAGUGCUACUGGUGGUAGCACUGUGCCGCGCCGCCACCACACUCGACUCGGAGCUCGGCGUUGGCAAAGCAAUUAAUAUAUUCAUGAGGUAUGGUUACCUCAGCAUAUGUAUGCGCGUGGUGCCUCGCAACGACACAGAGGGCUGGGUGUUCCGCGAGCCCACAGUUAGCGUGUUCAAAGACGUGGAGCAGUACUCCGUCGCACCAAAGCAGAGACAGGCCAAGACCAUCUUCGACGGCGAUUUCCAUAUGGAGUUCUGCGAUAACUUGAAGCAAUUGUUGCAGGCUUACUUUAGGGACUUUACAUUUGAAAGAUUAGAGCGGCCAUGGCGAGCGUUCACGGCGGGCUGGCCCACCGAUAUCAUGGCGAGGAACCUCGGCAUCAACUCUUCCUUCAUCAACGGAGAUCACUGCUACGUUCUCGUCAGGGUCUCAAGGUUCCGCGAAACAGCCAAGCUGAAGGACUUGCCAAACAAUAUUGUAGUCGAAGACGUGGUUUAUGACGCCAUUCGGGAGUCCACCAUAGGCGACACAGUAUCCAUUGCGGAUUUCAUAAGGAAGUACGGAUCGCACUACAUUGCGUCCUAUGUUACGGGUAACUCGCUUUAUCAGGUUUUCGUAUUCUCCCGGGGGGUUUACGCGAAGAUUAAAGAACGAGUGAAGUCAGGGGGCGUCACGGAGCUGCCUCCAAGUGAAAUUAAUAACUUUUUCUCUCCGUUUUACGCAGAACACAUCGGCACGAUCAAGGUGUUUGUGUUCUCUAGAACUGCAUACUCUAUGAUCAAAGAGAGGUUAAAAAGCAAAGGUGUUGCUGAUAUAACAGCCAAGGAGUUGGAGGGAUAUUUCUCACCUUGGCAUGCUAAGCAUAUCGGUCAAAUUAAGGUGGCCAGUGGUAACAAAACUGUAGAAAGUUGGGCGAUGAAGCGACUGCGCGUCCACUACUACAUAUUCUCAUAUCCCAGCCUUCUGAAACUGCAUGGAGAACCAGCCUUACUGCGGAAUCUCGACACGUUAUUAGGAAACGAAGCCUUAUUACAAUUAGAAUUAAAGACAUUAUCGCCUGCGUUCAAGGACGUGAAAAAAAAGAAGUGGUUCGAAGAAGUCAUAGAUAAUUAUUUAAAAUUGUGGGAAAGCAACAUGUGAUUGUGGUGCAUGUUUAGGUUAUUCCAAUUUCGAAAAUGCUGUGGGCUGAGAUGCAUUGCCAUUAUAACAAAUUAUUAUUUUUAACUGUUUGAACUCAAACCAUUAAGUUUUCAACUCGUCAUUUACCUAACUACAUGACUUCCAGGCAUCAUAAUUUAUAACAAUUUACGAGACCGCAUAGAGGUAGUAUAGGUACAGCAUUUUCGAAUACAAAUUAGUCUUAAUAUAGCUGUUGUGAUAAUUAUUUUUAAAUGAAUCAAAUGCAACUGCGACGCCUGAUUCUGAAUUUUAGGUAAAUAUACCUCUACAUAAAUAAUGUCUUCCGAAAUUUUAAGGAAUUGAUAAUAUAUUUAUUUUAUACAUUACUAUUUUAUAAUAUGUAAUUCAAAUCUAUUUUUCGUCAUGUAAAAAUAGUUUUAAUUUUUAAAACAAUAUAUGUAUGUAACUGUAUUUGCGAAUACCUAAUUUAUGACAAUACACAAUGAAGUAAAGCUGUAAAACCAGUUUUUUUGUCAAGAAAAAGCCUGCAAUAUGUAGCAUAAAAACUAACAGUGAACUACUACUUAUUUAGAAAUAUUUGAAUUUAUUUUUGUAAAUAUCAAAUCCAAUGGUUAGUGCCUUAAACAUUUGGCAGGUAUUUUUAUAAUAAUAUUAAGGAUAGCUUAUUUUGAUCCCAACUUAUUUAAUUGAAAGAGUGAUGAUUUCACGAAAGUAUAUUUACUGUUUAUUAUAAUGUAUAAUAGGUCCUGAAUAAUAUAAUUAUAUUUUUGAAAAAUGUGCAAUAUUAGUAUUUCAAUAAAAUUUACAAAUCGUGGGAUCAAGGUAUAAGAUUGCAUUUACAUUAGUUUUACUUAAUUUAUAGUAAACUAACUGAUGUAAAUAUUUUUCAAAACAUAAUUUGUUAAGAACAAUAAUGA